CAGGUGCGUAAAGGCGCAGCAAGGAAAAUCUGUUGCAAUCUUCCGACAUAUUUCAUAAGACGUUGCAAAGAAAACGGAAGUAACUCACAGUCAGGCACUACUUCGAACCCCGGACAUGGCUUUAUUUAAAGGGAAUUUUGACUUACCAUACAUGUUCCCUUAAAAAAAAUUAAGUUUCAUUUUGAGAACUGAUGCUCAUUUCGAAACCAUUACGUGGAAGGAUGUAGGCGAGUCUGUGUGUUUGCUGAGAUGCAGAUAUGUUUUAUACAGACAGUCUGCAGAGCAAUCCACGUCUUAUCAGUAUCUGCUUGUGAAAAGAUACAAAGUUUAAGCUGAGGGCGAGCAGACUCACGAGAUCAAAGCAUCUUUUGAAUCAUUAUGGCGAUCCAGCCAAUUAUCGACUUCGCAGCUGGGGCAGUAGGUGGUACAGCAUGUGUGCUGAGCGGUCAGCCAUUCGACACCACAAAGGUGAAGAUGCAGACAUUCCCUACCGUGUACCGCGGCUUCAUCCACUGCUUCACCUCCACCUUCAGGCAGGUGGGGGUGCGUGGUCUCUACAAAGGCACAACCCCAGCCCUCAUAGCCAACAUCAGCGAGAACGCCGUGCUCUUCUUGAGUUACGGUCUCUGCCAGGAUGUGGUCCGCUUUUUGUGCAAGAAGGAGAAAGGGUCCAGUCUCAGUGAUCUCCAGAAGGCCUCCUCCGGCUCUUUGGCCUCCAUCUUCUCAGCCAUGGCCAUUUGCCCCACCGAGCUGGUGAAGUGUCGCCUGCAGGCCAUGCACGAAAUGGAAGCAAGCGGCAAAGUGGUGAGCGGACAGAAAAGCACAGUGUGGUCAGUCGUAAAGACGGUGUUGAAGACUAAUGGUCCCCUGGGUUUCUACCAAGGACUCUCAUCCACCAUUGUGAGGGAGAUACCAGGUUACUUCUGCUUCUUUGGGGCCUAUGAGCUGUGCCGCUCUAAAUUUGCACAGUACAUGGGCACGGACAAAGAACACAUUGGCAUUCUUCCUCUGAUGUUCAGUGGUGGAUUUGGGGGAGCUUGUCUCUGGAUGGUGGUCUAUCCUAUCGACUGUGUGAAGUCCAGGAUCCAGGUGCACUCUUUAGCCGGGAGACAAAUGGGCUUCAGGAAAACCUUCAUGGGAGUCUUGCGCACUGAGGGGAUCACUGCUCUCUACUCUGGCCUGACUCCGACCAUGAUACGCACCUUCCCUGCCAACGGAGCUCUCUUCCUGGCUUAUGAGGUCAGCCGCGACUUCAUGAUGAAGAAAGCAGGAGUCUGAUGUGGAGGAUGUUUACACUUCGUCUAAGUACCCUGCUGAAGUAUUGCAUUGUCUUUUUUUACUUUAGAACUGAGACCUGAGAGUUUUUCUGACACAUUUUGAUCAUGUUUAAUUGUUGUGACCUAAAAACUAAGCUGUAUUCUACAAUUCCUCUGAGCUGCACUGUCUAUGAUUAUAUUGAAUAAAGUUUGAAACUUGAACAAGU